UCGUAAAUUUGUUUUUUCGACAAUGUAUCGUUCAAUUUGAUCAAUGUCUAUUAAAUGUUUUUCAAUUUCAUAUUGAACAUCGCGUAAUCGACCAUCCAUUUGAUUAUAUUGUUCAUCACAGUGCUUUAAAUUAAUUUAAAAAUUAAAAAAUCAGUGAUAUCGAAAGUAGAAAAUAAAAUCGCUACACGAUGGGUAAAGAAAAGACACACAUUAAUAUUGUAGUCAUAGGACAUGUCGAUUCCGGUAAAUCCACGACAACGGGACAUUUAAUAUACAAAUGUGGUGGAAUCGAUAAACGUACAAUCGAAAAAUUCGAAAAAGAAGCCCAAGAAAUGGGCAAAGGUUCAUUUAAAUAUGCAUGGGUCUUGGAUAAACUAAAAGCGGAACGGGAACGUGGUAUCACAAUUGAUAUUGCGUUGUGGAAAUUUGAAACCGCGAAAUAUUAUGUGACGAUUAUCGAUGCACCAGGACAUCGUGACUUUAUUAAAAAUAUGAUAACCGGUACAUCACAAGCGGAUUGUGCUGUUCUAAUUGUUGCUGCUGGUACAGGAGAAUUUGAGGCUGGUAUCUCGAAAAAUGGUCAAACACGUGAGCAUGCCCUGCUUGCGUUCACACUUGGUGUUAAACAGCUGAUUGUUGGUGUUAAUAAAAUGGAUUCGACAGAGCCCCCUUACAGUGAGGCACGUUAUGAAGAAAUCAAGAAAGAAGUAUCAUCGUAUAUUAAAAAAAUUGGAUACAACCCAGCGGCUGUUGCAUUUGUGCCAAUUUCUGGUUGGCAUGGUGACAAUAUGCUUGAGCCAUCUGAAAAAAUGCCAUGGUUUAAAGGAUGGACAAUUGAUCGUAAAGAAGGGAAAGCCGAAGGAAAAUGUCUUAUUGAAGCGUUAGAUGCAAUUAUGCCACCGAGUCGUCCUACUGAGAAACCAUUACGACUUCCAUUACAGGAUGUAUACAAGAUUGGUGGGAUUGGAACAGUUCCUGUUGGUCGUGUGGAAACCGGUAUUUUAAAACCGGGCUGUAUUGUUGUAUUCGCUCCGGCAAAUCUAACAACUGAAGUGAAAUCAGUUGAAAUGCAUCAUGAAGCUUUACAAGAAGCCUUACCAGGUGAUAAUGUUGGAUUCAACGUGAAAAACGUUUCCGUAAAAGAGUUACGUCGUGGAUAUGUAGCUGGUGAUUCUAAAAACUGUCCCCCACGUGGUGCAGCCGAUUUUACUGCUCAAGUAAUUGUAUUAAAUCAUCCAGGACAAAUUAGUAACGGUUACACACCAGUGUUGGAUUGCCACACAGCACAUAUUGCCUGUAAAUUUUCUGAAAUUAAAGAGAAAGUCGAUCGUCGUACCGGUAAAACCACCGAAGAACAACCGAAAUCAAUUAAAUCCGGUGAUGCAGCUAUUAUAACAUUGGUACCAACGAAACCGAUGUGUGUUGAAUCAUUCCAGGAAUUUCCACCGUUAGGUCGAUUUGCUGUACGUGAUAUGCGGCAAACUGUUGCUGUUGGUGUUAUUAAAAAGGUAUCAUUCAAAGAUACAUCCGGUGGUAAAGUUACCAAAGCUGCUGAGAAAGCAACCAAAAAGAAAUAAAACGUAAUAUUUUAUUCAAAUAUUGCAUAUAUUAUUAUAAAUCCACCAUUCCUCCCCCCACUACCCUAUUUAAUAAAACCCCUAAUAUUAUUAUAACACACGAUAUUAAUUAUUUUGAUUAUUA